AUGGCAUCAAGCAGUGAAGAAGACCAUGAACUUAAUGUUUGUGAUGAUGAUAAUAUGAAUCAAAAUGAAAAUUCAUCUAUAGUUUAUGAUCGUCAUAAUAAAGAAAAUCAUCAUGAAAUACCAUCAAUUUUUCCACCUAUGACAUAUCCACUUGGUCUUCCAUUUAUUCAAGCUCCAAUAAAAUCAAAUGGAUUAUUUAUUCCAAAUUUAUUUCCAUAUUCAUCUCCAACUCCAUCAACAACUGAUAUAGCAUCAUCAUCAUCAUCUUCAUCAACAGGAAAUCGACGACGACGACGUACUUCAUCAACACCUUUUAAUGACAAUGGUGAAAUGGGUGAGGAUUCAACAGAUUUACGUUUAAAAAUUAAUUCACGUGAACGUCGACGUAUGCAUGAUUUAAAUUCAGCCUUAGAUAGUUUACGUGAAGUUAUUCCCUAUGCAAGAAAUCCAUCUGUACGUAAAUUAUCAAAAAUGGCAACAUUAUUAUUAGCAAGAAAUUAUAUUGUUAUGUUAACUAAAUCACUUGAUGAUAUGAGACAACAUUUAGCAACAUGUUAUCAAAAUAAAACUGAACAAGAUAAAUCUCAAAUAAUAUGUCCUAAAGCUCAACUUAAUUUACCAUGUUUUUGUUCAAUUUGUUUAACAUCAUCAAAUAUUAAAAUGGAACAAGAACGUCAACAAAAAUUCCCGUCAAUUAUAUCAUUUGUUCCAACAUCAUCAAAAACUAAAAACUAA